GUCAAAUUGUUAUGGAUGGAAUAAAAUAUCAAAAUAGUUUUCAGAAUUGCGUGAAAAAAUUGAAAUUGCUAUCGAAUCGCAAUAAAUAUCUUCCAUAAAACAACUUAAAAAGAAACUGGAUGCUUUAAGAUAAAAGAAAGAAUACUUAAAAUACACAAUAAGAGUCAUAAGUAUUUUUGAAAUGGAUAAACCAUCUCUUAGCCAAUACUUUGGCGACUCUGAAGUUCCUCCUGCUUCACAAUUUUUUGAUGAAAUUGGUACUUCGCCAUCGGAUAUGAUUCAAAGUGUUUAUUUAGGUGAUAGUGGAGUUAAUCAAGGUACUGGUGAUCUAUUUCCACAUAACAUGACCACGUCCUUUGUACAACCAAAUGGAUCACAGGAAUCAUUUUUGAACGUAUUACCUACCGUUUCUGUAUCUACAGCGGUUCCGACUAAGAAUCUGCCAGAUCCAUCAACUUUUUUUGAUACCAUAGGACCAGAACCACAAAUAAGCACAAACAAAAAUAACAUUACAAAUCAAGUUACAUUAUCAGAAGCAAUGGAUGGACUAAGUAUAAAGAAUCAACCUGUUGACAAAGAAGAGCAAAGAAGAAGGGAUGCCUGGUUACCUAAUGAGGAAGCUCAAAAAACCCUUCUUAAGGCACAAUCAUCUCCAAACGGAUCAUUCUUCCCAGAACGGGAAGCGUUAACUAUGCCUGGACUAGUUCUAGAAGAAGAAUUGGCGGAUGCACUCCAAGAGGUGGCGGUGAAAUAUCUGGGUGUUAGUUCAGCUGGCUCUAGGGGCGUAGUCCGGGCGGAACACGUGAGCAGGGACGAAGCGGGGCUCAGAGAGUUACUGCGGACUGGAUACCUGCGCGCCGCUGUCAACCUGACCGCUGUCUUACUAAGCGCAGCCGGACAAGGUGCGGGUCGUAUGCAUCGCGCUACCAAACAUACUCCUCGUACUCUACAGCUGUGGCUGACAAGGUUCGCGGUGAUGCUCCGAUUGAAACUACACGAGCCUCUGCUCAAAGAGGCCGAGCCGUUCGGGGAUUUCGGCAAACCUGAUAUGUUCUACCAGUUUUACCCGGACACAUAUGGGAACAGAAGCGGCAGUCUAGUGCCUUUCUCACUGAGGUUACUGGUAGCUGAACUGCCCGGUCAUGCUGGCAAGCCGGAAGAGGCAAUGGACAGACUGUUAGCACUGAGACACGUCAUACAACAGAUGCUGUCAAACCUACGUAGUGGCAAAACAGAAGACGGUACAGAAACACUUGCAUCAGAGCAAGACAAAAUAGAGUCAAUUCGUUUAUGGACCGGGAGAGAGACAAGGGUGCAACACUCCAUUGUGAACUGCGCUAUAGCUUUAAAGGAGUAUCGCCUUGCUGGUAAGAUCCUGUCUAGUCUUCAGCAUCAGGCUAGUUCCCCUGGACAGAAGCGGGCUAUAUCCAGUGCCCUGUGCAGAUUAUGGUUAUUAGCAGGCCACAUCAAGGCAGCAUUGGCUCAUCUAAACGAUGCGAUGGAAUCGAGACACCAUCUAUGUCCUACGCCGGAUGUGAGGGAGUAUGUGGACAUGGGUCUUGUGGAAAUAGCUAAUGGGAAAUAUCAAGAAGCUUAUAAUAAUUUCGUGAAAGCAGCCGACCAGGAGCCUACUAAUAUCAUGGUAGCGAACAACAUAGCCGUAUGUCUUUUAUACAUGGGUCGUCUAAAAGAAGCCAUAGCUGUUCUCCAGAAGGCUAUUAAUUCCGAUCCAGAGCGUGGUUUAAACGAAAGUCUACUAGUAAAUCUCUGCACUUUAUACGAGCUGGAGUCGUCUAAGACUAACGAGAAAAAACUUAAUUUACUGAGAAUGUUAUGUAAAUAUAAGAGCGAUACUAUACCUAAUGUUUUAGAGUGUCUUAAGUUGAGUUAAACUGUCUUUGUAAAUACAAAGGUCCCUUCAAUCGAUUUUAAACUUAAUUAUUUACAUAUUAAGGCUUAAAUACUAUUGGAAUUUUUUAAAUUUUAAUGUAAAUUAUAUUUAUUAUGUAUAUAUUUUCGUUUCUAUUCUAAGUGAUUAAGUUAUAGAAACUUCUAAAAUUUUAAAAAUAAACUAAUGCGUCCUAGAACA